AGUUUGAAGGAAUCACAUUCCUCCCUGUUGAGUCUGCUCUGUGUGAUAAAUACCAAUUGGUAGCAACUGCUAAGAAUGACAACUUCUGUCCCUACCAGGGAAUAGUUGGAAUUAGGUAAGAGAAAGUGUCGAUGGAAACAGUAACAGAGGGUUAAAUCCUGUUCACUCUUGCAGAGCUCUCUGCAGUUGCAGCUCUCCUGGCAUGGGGUGUUACUGAGAAGGAGCUUGUGUUACUUCACCUGUGAAGGGCAAACAAGGCUAACUGUGAGGCAGAGGUGAUAUUCCCUGUCUUUCCUCUUGUGGAAAAAUAAAUCUGGGGAGUUAUGAUAGUAACACCCUCAGUUCUCAGAGCUUAGUUCGUAAUAGGGAACUAUUUAUGGGGUAAGUAACAGAUUGGGGCCACAUUUGCAUAAUAAAGACUAAUGUUACUGUAAAUUACAUCUUGCUCUCUGCAAUACUGUAAUUACACUCUUUAUGGUCUGUAAACAUUAUGUUUAAAGACAGCUGAGCCCAAGCACAUGCUAACCUGUAUGUAUCUUCAGCGUACCCAUGGAAGCAAAGUCUGUAACUGGUUGAGAGCACUGUGUAGCAACAGAGUUGGUGUAAUUUUUAGACUUACUACAACAGCAUGAAAGCUGGACUGCUGGUUUUUUGCCAAAUUCCACAGUGACCCCUAAUUGCUUUUAACAAAUACACUUUUGACCCAUUCAGUUGCACUGGCAGUAGCUAUUUUGUGCUCCAGCCAUGAGUUAGUGAAUUAUAAAAAAUGCUUAUCUUUAGGGGCAUUGGUGGCUUUUCUGUUAUCAGGUAUAACGAUGAAAAAUUUACCUGCAGAGAUUUAUUCCACGUGCUUAACUGAGUAACAGUGUGCACAUACCCACGGGGAACACUGCCAGCACUAACAGUGACAUGGCACUGGCUUCACAUGACUUGUCUGGGAGGGGACAGGCAGCACCGGCUUGGAAGCACACCCCCAUCACCCUUCCCUAAACCCUCAUAAAGUUUCGAGAGCAGUAGUGAAAAGUGAGGAGUUGAGCUCUGGGCUCUGAAUAGACACAAAGGACCUCUCCUAGGCUACCAUCAGCAGGAGUCCUUUGUCAGCUUUUCUAGGAGCAGUGGUUGCCCUAAGAUCCAUGCAGUGCUUGGUAGGACAUCAAACACCACGUCUGGUCCUGUGUCUGUCCACAUAGAGUGGCUGAUAUGCAGCUGUUCAGGUGACCAGCAGAGUCACAUUUUCUACAGUGCUCUGCUCUCUAGCUCUUCACAUGCAAAGUUUCAGCAGGUUUGAGUCAGCACUGCUGGAUACAGGAACCUCUGGAGCAUCAGCCUUCCAGCUCAUUUAUUCCUCCUCUCUGAAACGCUGCAAGAAGAGUACUCCCAAGAGGCUUCCCUCCAUUAUCAAGAUGGAAAGAGACUCUGGAUAUUCCUCCACUGCUGAGCUGCAGAAGCAGGGAGAGAAGCUCUGGGAUGCCUUGAAGAUCAGUGCCUAUGUCUUCAGUACAGGCCUGCUCAUGUUCACUGCCUUAGUGAACUCUGUUUCUUGGUUUAUGCAGAAUAUAACUUUAGGCAAUUUCUGGCAAACAGCAUGGCUGGAGUUCUACAACUAUAUGGAAGGAGAUGAGUGGACAAUCUUCCUCUUUGGGGCUGCAUUGGUGCCUGCACUUGCUUUCUGGGGCUUCAAUGGAAUCCUUCUGGUGGCUGAUAUAACAGGAAAGCCAACUUUCAUUACUCGCUAUCGCAUUCAGCUGGGCAAGAAUGAUCCUGUGGACACAAAGAAACUGUGGAAAGCCAUCUACACGGCGCUGGGUAAUCAGUUCUUUAUCUCCUUUCCCAUGCUUGUGCCCAUGUUCUACAUCAUGAAAUCGUGGGGCAACACCUUCAGCGAGGAAUUACCAACCUUCCAGUGGUUUCUUGUGGAGCUAAGCAUUUUUACUGUAGUAGAGGAAAUUCUCUUCUAUUAUACACACAGGCUUGUUCACCACCCAGUCCUGUAUAAGUACAUUCACAAGAAGCAUCACGAGUGGACAGCCCCCAUCGGUGUGGUCUCCAUUUAUGCUCACCCAAUAGAACACAUAAUCUCCAACACUCUGCCUGUCAUGACUGGCCCGAUGAUCAUGGGAUCUCAUAUUGUUUCAAUCUCAGCAUGGUUCUCCCUCGCUCUGGUAACAACAAGCAUUUCUCACUGUGGCUACCACCUGCCCUUCCUGCCAUCUCCAGAGUUCCAUGACUUCCACCACCUCAAGUUCAACCAGUGCUAUGGAGUGCUGGGAGUGCUGGAUUUUCUGCACGGCACGGACAGAGUGUUCAGACAAACCAAAGCCUUCGAGAGACACAAGGUCCUGCUCGGCCUCACGCCACUCUCCGAAAGCAUCCCUGAGCUACCCAAGAAAGCUGAGUGAACCAGCCCAGCAGCUCCUGCCCAGCCUGAUGAUGAGCAGAGUGAGAGACAGUGAUUUAUGCCAAAUAGUAUUUUAAUUGAGAAACAAGUUCUUGUCCACAUAUAACAAAAUGUGAAGCUGAAGUUAAAUAUGCUGCUUGAAAUGAUUGCACUUUUGCUGCCAUUAUUUCCUACCCAAGACACACACACAAAAACCCCUGCUCUAGAAAUCUUUUUUAAACUAAAUUUAAUGGUUUGUUCCUCUGUUAACUUGCGCUGGCCUUGGUUCCAGCUGCCUGUGUAUGAGCCAGGUGUGUUCUGGGCCACGUGGCUCGGGGUUCUCGUUAUCAAGGUUUUAGCACCAGACUCCGCAGGUGAUGAUUUGGCCUCUCUUAUCACCACUCACUCUAUAGAAACAUCAAAGUCACUCCAUCUACACAUGAUACAAUUAAAACCAGUUUUUGUGACUCACAGCACCUGGGAUCCAGGACGCAACCCCGUGGAAAAUCACGGGGGCCACAGCUUUAGAAGCACUGCACAUGCAACAAGGGCCUGACCUCCCAUGAACAGUUGUUCUGCACAGGAAGUCAGUACAGGGCUGAACUGGGGCUGCCACAGCCUCAUCACUGCUCCACAGACAGCUGCAAACAAAGGGAGUUUCCCCUCGUGGGACAUGGAAGCAGAGCUGGGAGCUGAUGUGCUCCAGGGUCACCUCCGCCUGCUGCACCUCCCCUUGCUCUGAGAGACAACCAAAACUCUGAGAAAUUACAGAAAGAUUUUCUAAGGAAAGCAGAGUCCCUGCUGCCCUGAGCUGUGUGGAGAUGAAUGAAACCUUCUAAGAGAAGAACAAUAUGCACAUCCCCAAGUACCCACAGACCAUCCGAAACACACUGUGAAUUUUCUCAAUGAUCUCCAGUCUCAAUCCUGCCUGGGGCCCUGGAAGAAACACAUCCCAUCUCUCCCCAGUGCUAGAGCAGCCCCUUGAGGAACAGGCACACAGGGCUGACCUGUGCUGCACUGACCAGUGGUCAGCCCAGCUCCACCCUUGGAACCGAAGUCACUUCCCCUGCUCCUCUCCAGUCCCUACAGCUGCACCAGGAUGAACUCACCCCAGUCACCCACCCGCAGCUCCCUGGGGAGGGCAAGUCAGCAGAACAGAAAACCCAGGCACCACUGUCUUUUGAAGUUUUUAUUUUUAUACAUUUUUUUUGUAUUAAAAAGGAAAAAGCAUAAUUACCACAAAUUACAAAGGACUAAAGCAUUACUAGAAUAAUGAAUCACAUCAGCCUAGAAAGCAGAUACUCUGAAUAAUAUUAAUGUUAUAAUACAAGCUCUCAUUCAAGUAUUUUACAUUUUUCUCUUUUCCUUUUAUAUGCGAUGAUGAUCCUAGCACAUGGGUCAAAGAUUAUGUACUAUCGACAGAGAUGGAUCAUGUACAGCGGGCCAUAUUAACAAGAUUUUCCUCCCAAGUGA